AUGGACGAGACUGGCCCUGAUGCUGAUGCCUGUGCAGUGUGUAUUGAGUUGUAUAAACCAGGAGAUGUACUAUCAGUUCUCACAUGCAAUCAUUUCUUCCAUAAAUCUUGCAUAGAGCCAUGGCUACUGGAGCACAGAACCUGCCCAAUGUGCAAGUGUGACAUUCUUAAAGCCCUUGGAGUUGAGAUGGAUGUUGAGGAGCAGCCACAGAUUUCAGUGCCUGAUUUCAGAUCUUUUUCUACCUCUGAGGACCUGCAGAGUGAGACAGUGUCACACACAAACAGUGAGACAGCAUCCUCUGGAUAUGCAUCCAUGCACGGAAACGAACACCUCGGUUCUGCUGAAGCCUCACAAAAUGGUGUGCAAGAGGAGCAGUUGGAUGUGUCGCAUCACUAUGACAAUCUUGCCUUCGAGGGUGACGUUCAUAGCCAGAGUGAAGUUAGGACCUGAGCAGCACAAACAAACACUGAUAAAAUGCACUCACAGAUGAAUGAGGGGUUUUGAUUUGAGGACUUAUAUCAAAGCACUGCUGAGCCCUUUUCUGAUUAGUUUCUGACUAAGUGCCUAUAAAUUCUCUCUCUCUCUCUCUCUCUCUCACUCUCUCUCUCUCUCUGUGACUGUUUGUCUCUGUGGGUGAUCACAAUGAUUUCUGGGUCAAUCAGAGGUCAUGUUUUAAUUAUCUGUGGCUAAUUCGGGGUAUUAUGAUUUCUGAUUCAGGGUUUGAUUCCCACUGUGGUUGUGUUCAUGUUUUGAGACUCCCAGCCUUCCAUAAGCAUCAGGAUGAGCAGUUGUGGAGACACACAGAUAGAGACAGAGUGCUCCACCUGCUGUAAAUCAGUGGACUUAAUGCAUACUAUACUUUUCCCCUGUUUUUGUGACUUAAUAAAUUAUAUUGUUCCAGUUUUGAUGGAAAUUUAAAAUUUCAGAAAUAUUGUGCCUUACACACACUUAUGUAUGUGUGCAAAUGUAUAUUACUCAUUGCAUAGGCCUAGACAUAAUAGGGGUGGUUCUAAAGGAAUUAGUUCUCUUGAUUGUAAUAUUUAAAUAAGGGAUGAAAAUAUUUCUUUACUCUUUCAAACGAAUAGUACGGACAUUAACACUGUAAAUAAAAUCUUUUAUGAAAUUG